AUGGUCUCAACUUUUGGCCCGGUUCUGCAGCAAACCAUAAAUCAUGCGCUGCGGUAUCUUGAAAGCCUUGAUCACGCACCUGUUGGCGCGACGGCCACUCUUCCAGAACUCCGCCAUCGACUUGCACGGCCACUUCCCGAUGUCGGAACGGAUGCAACACAAGUGAUUGAUGAGUUGGUGGCAGAUACAAGUGGUGGCAUUCUGGGUAACUCUGGUGGUCGCUUCUUCGGGUGGGUGAUUGGUGGGACCCUUCCUGCUGCUCUAGCCGCCGACUGGCUCACGACUACCUGGAAUCAGAACGCGGCUUUGUUUGCCUGUGGCCCAGCAGAAGCAGUAGUCGAAGAAGUGUGUGGAGCCUGGCUCAAGGAGCUGCUUAGGCUCCCCUUGGGAGCCAGCUUUGCCUUAGUUUCAGGCUGCCAAAUGGCCCAUGUCACUUGCCUUGCUGCAGCACGUCAUGCCCUUUUGUCAAGACACGACUGGGAUAGUGAGCGCGAUGGACUCGGUGGCGCACCUCGCAUCCGCAUUCUUAGUGGCAGCCAACGCCACGGUUCUAUCGAUCGAGCAGUACGCCUGCUAGGUUUGGGCAGCCGUUGUGUGGUAGAUUUGCCGGUCGACGAAUAUGGUCGACUCCAACCGAUAACACUCAGCAACGCGCUUGCUGAAUGUCUUGAUGGCCCUGUAAUUGUGCUGUUGCAGGCAGGCGAUAUUAACACUGGGGCUUAUGAUUCGUUUGCCGAACUGAUUCCUCUCGCUCAUCGCUUUCAAGCUUGGGUCCACGUUGAUGGUGCUUUCGGUUUAUGGGCAGCAGCUAGUCCUGCCUAUCGUCACCUGCUUGCAGGAGUAGAGCAGGCGGACUCUUGGGCGACGGAUGGGCAUAAGUGGUUGAAUGUUCCCUACGAUUGUGGGUACGCCUUUGUCGCAAAUCCUUCAACUCAUCGGAGUUCGAUGUCGCAUCGGGCCAACUACCUAACACACGAUAAAGACGCCCGUGAUCAAAUCGAUUGGAAUCCUGAAUGGUCUCGGCGUGGGCGCGGAGUUGCGACGUAUGCCGCUUUGCGGCAACUGGGAAGAGAGGGGGUAGCUGAGCUGAUUGAACGCUGUUGCCGUCAUGCCCAUUCCCUGGCCAUCCAGAUCGGAGACUUACCUGGAGCUGAACUGAUGUGGAAACCCCAUAUCAAUCAAGGAUUGGUGCGUUUUCUGGAUAGGAAGCCGCACGCCAACUCGUCUGAUCACAACCGGAGGACCGAUGCGGUGAUCGCAGCUCUUAUGGAAACGGGGAAAGCCUUUUUUACUGGCACCACCUGGCAAGGACAACGAUGCAUGCGGAUCUCGGUGUGUAACUGGCAAACAAACGAAGCCGACGUAGCACAAGCUGUCGAGGCCGCCGAAUGGGCACUUAAACAGGAAUGA